AUGUCUAAUGAAAAUAAAAACGACGAAAUUCUUCGACAAAUAUUAGACGACCGAAGUUAUUCUUCCUUCGGAAAUUUAAAGCAUUUAAACAAAGAUAAAUUUUUAAAAUUACAAGAUAUGAUUCUAGAAUAUUACAAUACUGAACAUAAGAGAAUAUCUUACUGCGAAUAUUUAAAUAUUAUAAACAAAUUAGAAGAAUUAACUUAUAAAUCUGAGAUUAGAUUUAAAAGAAAAAAUGAUAUGUUCGAUUUAAGUGAUAUUGAAUAA